ACAGCCAAUCAGGGGUGGAAGAAGAAGCACAGCUACAAAGUGCAAGUGCUGAUCAAGGGAUCUUCUCAGUCAGUGUGGCUUGGAUGCCAGUGUGGAAACCGUUACUGUGACUAAGAACGCGGAACCUAUGAAUUAGAGUAGCAUGUCUGCUUACAAUUCAAAUUACUUGCCACCCUCCUGCGCCUCGAUGCCACUGAAUGGGAACAACUUGAUGAAUGGACUGCCAGGAGCGGGCCCGCAGCCACAUCAGCAGCAACAGCCACACCAACCACCACCACCAACAGCUUCGAGUCAGCAGCUCUACCAGCCCCAGGCUCAGGGCCAGCAACUGCCGCCGGUAUCUCAAGCAGCCUCGUAUCCAGGAGGAGGAGGGGCAGGAGCACCUAAUCUGCCGCCCACGUCACCGUUCAACACCAACAUUACACAAAAGUUUUUGCCGCCCACGUCUGCUGCUCACCUACCUUUGCCACAGACAGCCCCUGUCAACAACGGGCCGUUUUACACCAACGGUGACGCCAAGAGCGCGCCCAGCGCGGAAUCCUCGCGGACCAACUCUUCCGGGCAGCUGCAUCCAACCCAUCCCCCGCCGGCGUCGGGAUUGCGCCCGGCACCACCACCCAACACCCAGCCUGUGGCCAACUUGGCAUCCAAGUUGCAGAGCUUAGACUUGAACCAGCACCGCGCCAAUGGAGGAGGCGCGCCACUGCCGCCGCCGGUGCACAAGGGCGUGGCCCAGGCUCAGGGAUGCUCUUCACUGACUCAACCGCCCGGUGGCAUUGUGGGAGCCCCAACCACAGUGCCGAAUGUCAUACCGGAUCCAUUCAACGGCCAGAAGCCGCCCAAUUUGCAACCAAAUCCGCCGAAGAUGUUCGGGCUGCCGUCAUCGGGGCCUCCCUCUAGACCCGUGCAGCCGCCUGGUGCCUCCGAGAGAAUACCCUACGGAAUGCCCCCUCAGGUGAACAGCGACCAUAGCUAUCAGCAGCAGCAGAAUCAGCAGAACAAUAACUUGCAACGGGCAGCUUUGCCGCCGGGAGCCAGCGGAACUGCUUGGCCAGGAUCACCAGCCCAGCCGCCACCGAAACCUCUGGCCCCCCCUCCAGUGCAGCCUCCAGCUCCUUCCAAGCAGCAGCCGUACCCCAUGGCUCCAACGUAUCCUCCGGCGCCUCUCCAGCAACCCAUAAUACCCAAGCCCAUGGCCGGCGUGCAACCACCUCCUCCAGGCAUGUUCGGGACCCAGCCGACUAGUGCUCCGCUGCAGUACCAGGCCCAACCACCGCCCCAAGCCUACGCCCAGCAACAGCCCGUUCAGGCGGCGUACAACUCGCCUGCGCCGCUGAACGUAACCCAGCAGGGCUUUAGCCGGCUGUGGGGCCAGGACACCAUUGACUUGAUGCAGAACCGGCACAUCCUUUCGCCAGCGACCAUACCGCCUCCGAAGAUCGUUCUGCACAACCAGUUCCACGAGUCGAUCAACUGCAAUCCGAGCAUCAUGCGCUGCACUCUCACCAAGAUACCUGAAAGUAACUCGCUGCUCCAGAAGUCUCGUUUGCCCCUCGGCAUUGUGAUUCAUCCCUUCCGGGAUGUGAAUAGCCUACCCGUGAUUCAGUGCAUCAACAUUGUGCGCUGCCGGCUGUGCCGCACCUACAUCAACCCAUUCGUCUACUUUGUGGACAGCAAGAUGUGGAAAUGCAAUCUGUGCUAUCGAGUCAAUGAACUGCCUGACGACUUCCAGUUCGACCCGGCCACCAAGACCUACGGCGACGUGACCCGCCGGCCCGAGGUGCGCUCGAGCACCAUAGAGUUCAUAGCUCCGUCGGAGUACAUGCUGCGCCCGCCCCAGCCGGCCAUGUAUCUGUUCCUCUUCGAUGUCUCGAUCAUUGCCCAGCAGAGUGGGUACCUGGAAGCAGCCUGUGCUGUCUUGAAUCGCCAUUUGGACGAGAUGCCUGGCGAUGCGCGAACCCAGGUGGGCUUCAUCUGCUACGAUAGCUUCGUACACUUCUACAGCAUGGCCGAGGGCUUCAACCAGCCGCACGAGAUGACCCUGCUGGACAUUGAGGAUCCCUUCCUGCCGCGGCCCGACAGCCUGCUGGUGAACCUGAAGGAGUGCAAGGAGCUGGUGCGCGACUUGCUGAAGCAGCUGCCAAAACGAUUCGCCAACACCCACGAUCCCGGCUCUGCCCUGGGUGCCGCCCUGCAGGUGGCCUUCAAGUUGAUGCAAGCUUCGGGUGGCCGCAUCACGGUCUUUCAAUCGUGCCUUCCCAACAAGGGGCCGGGAGCUCUGGAGCCUCGUGAGGAUCCCAACAACCGCUCGGCCAAGGACGUAGCGCACCUGAAUCCCGCUACCGAUUUCUACAAGCGCUUUGCUCUCGAGUGCUCCGGCUACCAGAUAGCCUGCGACCUGUUUCUGAUGAACCAACAGUACAGCGACAUGGCCACCAUAUCUGGAAUUAGCAAGCACAGCGGCGGAUGCGUCCAUCACUUCCCCCUCUAUCAAAAGACUAAGCCCCACAUGGUAGACUCCUUCCGCACGUGCUUUAAGCGAUACCUCACCCGGAAGAUUGGCUUCGAGGCGGUAAUGCGUAUAAGAUGCACUCGCGGACUUCAGGUUCACACAUUCCACGGGAACUUCUUUGUGCGCUCGACAGAUCUACUCUCUCUGCCGAACGUAAACCCGGACGCAGGCUACGGGAUGCAGAUCUCCUACGACGAGAAUCUGACGGACGUGAAGACAAUAUGCUUUCAGGCAGCGCUCCUCUACACGAACAGCGAGGGCGAAAGGCGUAUUCGUGUACAUACGGUGUGCCUUCCGGUUACGGCAUCAUUGCCGGAGGUAAUGCACUCCGCGGACACGGAAGCGAUUGUGGGGCUGCUGAGUAAGAUGGCCGUGGAUCGGUCGGUGACCUCCAACUUGUCGGAUGCACGCGAUGCGUUCAUCAAUGCCACUAUCGACGUAUUCAACUCGUUCAAGAUUGCCCAAAACCUUCCAUCCGGGCAGUCGGGUCAGCUGAUAGCCCCUCGAAGCUUGGCGCUGCUACCACUCUACAUUCUUGGACUCCUCAAACAUCCCGCCUUCCGUGUGGGCACCAGCACGCGACUGGAUGACCGCGUCUUCGCCAUGGACUGCAUGAAGACGCUGCCACUGGACCAACUCAUGAAGUAUGUGUAUCCGGAAUUGUACAAAAUCGAUCCUCUCAUAUACCAUGCUCGAAACACGACCGCUAUCUCGACGCCCGAGGACGACGAAGAGGACGACCAGCUUCCCGAGCUGCAGCGCCUGCAACUCUCCGCGGAGCAUUUGGACUCUCGAUCCAUAUUCCUGAUGGACUGCGGCACACUGAUAAUGCUAUACGUCGGCUUGAACGUGCCCUCCAAUGUGCUGGAGGCUCUUCUGGGUAUCAGCUCCACGGCAGAGCUGAGUGACUAUGUAUACGGAUUGCCAAAUGUUGUGAGCCCGGAGAACGAUGUGCUGAAGCGUUUUAUUGCGCGACUCAAUUAUGAUAAGCCUUACUCAGCUCUGGUGCAGAUAAUCAGGGACACGAGUACAGCCAAGGGACAAUUCAUCGAGAGAUUAACCGACGAUCGCAGUGAAUCUAGUUUAUCGUACUAUGAAUUUUUGCAACACAUUAGGGCUCAGGUUAAAUAGUAUAUGAAUAAGGAAUCCCACAACCAUUAUUGUAUCCACCAUAAACAUAACCUAAAACGAAGAACCCUGGUGACUAAAAACCGAUUCAGGAAUGUAGGUAAUGGC